UCCGCCCGCGCUUGCCCGCUGCUUCUCUCGGCCCCUCGCCGAGUCCGCGCUUGGUACGGCCCGCGCCGCCUCCUCCGCUCGUGAGGGAGGCUCGACCCCCUCCCGGGCCGCGGCUCUUGGUGCCGCCCGGGAGAACCAGGUCAUCGGCCGGUUCCCGUGAAAACAAAAACAAUCGGCGGCGCCGCCGAAGGGCGGCCGAACGCGGCGAGCCAGGGGGCCCGGGGCGAGACGCGACGCCGGGUAGGGCGGGCGAGGGAGUGAGCGAGCGAGCGCGAGCGGCGGGGCCGGGGCGCCAUGGGGCGGGCGGGCACAGGCUGCGCGGGGCUCCCCCGGCACCGCGGCUAGAGCGCCCGCCUUGCCUUCGCCUCCCGCGCCGCCUGCCCGCCGCCUUGGGGGAGGAGGAGCAGGACGCGGCCUCGGUGGGGCCCGGGCCGAACCACUGCGGACCCCCGGACGCCGGGGAGCCGAGCGCCGCGGUCUCCGGCAUGGAUCAGUGCGUGACGGUGGAGCGCGAGCUGGAGAAGGUGCUGCACAAGUUCUCGGGCUACGGGCAGCUGUGCGAACGGGGCCUGGAGGAGCUCAUCGACUACACCGGCGGCCUCAAGCACGAGAUCCUGCAGAGCCACGGUCAAGAUGCUGAAUUAUCAGGGACACUUUCACUUGUUCUGACACAGUGCUGCAAAAGAAUAAAGGACACUGUCCAGAAGUUGGCCUCUGACCACAAAGACAUUCAUAGCAGUGUUUCUCGAGUUGGAAAAGCCAUUGAUAAGAAUUUUGAUUCUGACAUUAGCAGUGUGGGAAUAGACGGCUGCUGGCAGGCAGACAGCCAACGGCUUCUCAAUGAGGUCAUGGUGGAACACUUCUUCCGACAAGGAAUGCUGGAUGUAGCUGAGGAGCUCUGCCAGGAAUCUGGUCUGUCUGUGGACCCAAGUCAGAAAGAACCAUUUGUGGAGUUAAAUCGAAUAUUAGAAGCAUUAAAAGUCAGAGUUCUAAGGCCUGCUCUUGAGUGGGCAGUAUCAAACCGUGAAAUGCUCAUAGCCCAAAACAGCUCCUUGGAAUUUAAGCUACACCGACUGUAUUUUAUUAGCUUGUUAAUGGGUGGAACCACAAAUCAGCGAGAAGCCUUACAAUAUGCGAAAAAUUUCCAGCCAUUUGCCCUAAAUCAUCAAAAAGACAUUCAGGUAUUGAUGGGAAGUCUCGUGUACCUGAGACAAGGGAUUGAAAACUCACCAUAUGUUCACCUACUUGAUGCAAACCAGUGGGCUGACAUCUGUGACAUCUUUACACGGGAUGCUUGUGCCCUUCUGGGGCUCUCGGUGGAGUCUCCUCUCAGUGUCAGUUUCUCAGCAGGUUGUGUGGCGCUGCCUGCGCUAAUUAACAUCAAAGCUGUGAUUGAGCAGAGGCAGUGUACUGGAGUUUGGAACCAGAAAGAUGAAUUACCUAUUGAAGUGGACCUUGGUAAAAAGUGCUGGUAUCACUCCAUAUUUGCCUGUCCCAUUCUUCGUCAGCAAACAACAGAUAACAAUCCACCCAUGAAAUUGGUUUGUGGUCAUAUUAUAUCAAGAGAUGCCCUGAAUAAAAUGUUUAAUGGUAGCAAAUUAAAAUGUCCAUAUUGCCCAAUGGAACAGAGUCCAGGAGAUGCCAAACAGAUAUUUUUCUGAAGAAUGAGUUUGUUUGCAAUUUGUAAGUGAAACUGAAUUAUGGGUACAUUCAAGACAAGAGUGUUCCAUUGACUGCAGCUAACCAAGGACUGUUCAUAAGCUAUGCUCCAGAAGCUGCCGACUCGCUCGUGUGCACAGAGGGAGUGCUCCAGAUGGGUAUUACACAGGGCUUUAUUCACUCUUGGUCUUCGUUUCUGAUCAAGUAAACACACCAGCAGUUGUCAUUCAGAGCAGGUUUUUGUACUUACUAUAUGGUGAUUUUUUUACUUAAAAGCAGAAACAGAAGUUGACCUUCCUGAUAUGUGUUUAAUAUUUCUCCUGCUUUUACAAAUUCUGACAUUUUCUUGAUAAUUGUAAGCUUGAGAGUGUUUGUGGAAGAACUUUCUUAUGUAUACAUAAUUAAAUGAAAAGUCUUCAUAGGAAUUUGACAAAUUGAAUUGUGGUUAUAAAACGAAUUUGCUUUUUUGUUGUUUUGUUUUUCUUUGUUGGCCUAAGGAAGAAAGCUGUGAUAAAUUCCAAAUUUGCAUAGCUUUUUGAUGUUUUGCUCAAACUGCUCCAGCUCUUGCUUCAGAGUUAAUUAGCACACCUGCAUUUGAGUUCUGAGUUCUGUCUGUAGCCAGCAGGCUGCCUGUUUAAAAUCCCAUCAUGAAUUUAGCAGGCUGAUGUGAGAAUGAAAUAGAAAUUACUGGGUUUUUGUUGUUGCUGUUUGUUUGUUUUGCUUUUAUUACCAAGAGGUGCUUUUUAAUAAAUGGAAUUCCGAAGUUAGGGUGUUACUAAUUUGAUAUAUGGUUUCACAGUCCUAGCACACUGUCCUUUGAGAUCUGCCUUUUAAGACUUGGCUGAGUAUCACAGCAGUUUUAUCAUCACAGAUACGCAGUGUUCUGCAUGUGUAUGUAAGUAUGUGUACCAGCAUCCAACAUUGCGUGUGUGGAAGGGAAGACGCAUGCUCCAUCCUAAGUGCAGUUGCCCGUCUCAUCACUUCAGGUCCUUAAGGAGAGACGCUAGCAACUUCCUGGUGUGGGCCUCAUUGUCUGCUGUUUUGUGUUUAAUUAGAAUAUUGUUCAUGCCUCUCUUCUGCAGUGUCUCAUCUCAUUGACUGUGAACCUGUAUAUUAAUCAGAUGGUUACAGAUAAUGAUCUUUUCUUUUGUGAGGUCUCUUCAUUUAAUGCACUGCCCAGAAAGAGCUAUGUGUAAGAGUUAUUCUCUGUAUGAGGAACUAACUACAUGGAAAAGAUUUCUGUGGACAUAAUUCUGACUUAAACCCAUGAAAUACUUCAUCUUGAGAAGAGUGCUGUGUGGAAAUCACCAAAUAUCUUACAACUUUAUUUCAUCUGAUGUAGAUCUGAACAUCAACAUAGGAAAACUGUCAUGAGAAAAUGAAAAAGCGUUAACACAGAAGCAACUCGAAAUGUGACUCUUCUUAUUUUAAACCACAGAUGGACUCGGGUUAAGGGAAUGGGGAUAACAGUUUUGGUGCUAAGUUAAUCAGAAAUUGCCAGCAUUCACAGUGGUAUGCUAGCCUGGAUAGUCUCUCCUGAAAUACUUACCUAGGAGAGCUGGUAUUUGCUUGUGAAGGGAAAGAAUGAUAUUGCAGAAAAACCCAAGAAAUGACCAUGUGCUCAGUUUCAUGGUGAUGGCUACUGUGUACUGUGUAGGUUACCUGGGUCACGAUUGGCCCAGCUCAGAGUGCAUGCUUUGUUCGUACUCAAGCCUGGCUCACGGUGACUUGUGCACUGUCAGGAUGCUCUGUAAAGUCCCUCAUGCCCCAUGACGCAGGGGAGGAGCAGUGGUGCCUCUGGCUGCAGGAGAAAGGCUAGUGCCAGGCAGUAUCCUGUGGAGGGAGGAAGGGAGGGUGUAAACUCGUUUACUAUGGAAAAUUUUUCCUUUGAAUUAAAUUUUAGAGUGUCAGGCUUUUUUUUUUUUAACUUUGUUAUUCUUAAGCCAAAUUUGUUUUUUCUUUUUUUCCCCAUAACUUAUUCUUACCUUCUCACCUCAAGCAUAUACAUAACAUUUAGACUUCACAUAAAGUUUAUGUGAUACAGACAUGCUCUUGAGGUUGGUGGAAAAUAUUUUUGGAAGCAAGACCCUUCACACAGUUGGCUCAGGCCAUUUUAAGGACGAAGGCUCUGCCUGGUCCUCCUGGCGCUGGGCAUCUCUGACAGUCUCUUGGGAAGCUCAUGAAACCUUAAAAAGAACGAGCUUUAACAAGUGUUUGGCCUUACAGCUUCCUCUGUGAGGACUUUUAGUCCCAGUGGGCAGGUAGGACAAGGGCCCAGAACUGAAACUUGAUCUUAAAAUUUACCAUGGAAAUGAGGUCUUACGAUCUUCUUUAAAAGUGUGUACUUUAUCUGUGAGAGACUUGACUGUAGCAGAAGUGGAUCUUAAGACAGACCUUGACCAAAGAUGCUGAAAUACAUUAUCGGGAUCCUUGUACUCUGGAACCAUGAUGUCAUGCUCAUGCUAGCAUGCAGGAGGAUGCCGUCUGUCUCUCUGAGCCUUAUUAGAGAAGGUAAUGCUAGAGGAAGACUGUCAGUCACACAGAUAACAGGCAUUGGAAACAGCCGUACUAUGGCUUCUUUGAGAGCUGUUUCCUUUUCUGGUUGUGGACAAGGCUGCCUUAGGACUCUGCUAAACCAAUUUAAAAAAACCUUUCGAUUCUGGUGUAGCCAGAGCCUCUCCACAGUGGCUGAGGUUGUUGAUCUUUUUCUUCUUUGUGUGAUCAUCACAGAUGCCAUUUCUGUUUUAUUGAUGAUUAUAUGAGACUUUUAAUACAUAAAUGAACGGGUAUUGGUGCCUCUUUAUUUUUAAAAAUUUGAAGAAAAAGAGCCACCUCAUAUUCAUAGAGUGUGUAUUUUGUGAGUGUGUGAGCAUUUGAUUGAAAAUAAGAAAGUUAUUAAGUAAAUUUUUCGUUUUACUUUUUCCACAGCAGCUAAUGUGUAGGGAGACAUUAAACCCACACCAAAUCAUGAGGGGAUUAGGAUCCUCCCAAUCUUCUUCUCUAGGUCGCCAAUCCCACAGGCUGUGCAGCUCAGAUUCCUAUGUUUAUGCUGUGUUGUUUCCACCUCAGUGCUGACGGCCUUUGGGACAAUGGCUCUCAAAAGCCAAGAGCUCUUGGUUUAUCUUCACAGUACAAGCUGCUGGUAGACUGCACUAGCCCUCUGGUUUCUCAGCUCGACCUCUCAUACAGUGGACUGACAGCCUGCGUUGUCUGUUUAGUCAGCCGACUCGGGUUAUCUUCAGGGAAGGUAUGGAGGCGUGGUUUGUUUUGGUUCAUCUCCAGGAUGUAUACGGUGAAGGCAAACCAAAUACUUUUCACCAUUGAACUAUCUGUACAUUAUCUUUGGUAACACUAGAAUACUGUAGUCUUGGGGAACACACAGAGGAAAGAUGUAGCAAGAAUCACAUACAAGGCUUGCUGUGUCAUAAACCUGCUAGCUGACAGUCGUGUGUGGUACUGUAGUGUUUACCAUAAACAGGUACAGGUUUCAUGAAUUUUUCAUACUGAAUUACAAUUGAGUAGAUACCAAAAACAGAGUGGCAAAUGUAUUUUAGUAGCAGUUGAGACAAUUAGUUUUAGGGUGAAUUUGUCACUGUAGAUUUUACUUUAAGAUAUAGCAAGAGAAAGUUUUGUUUUUAAGGCAUUUUAAAGCUAUAGCAGGCAUAUGCUUCAUUUACUUCCAAAGAGGCAGAAUCAGCUAGACCCGCUUACAACAGCACAAGCUUUGCUCCAUGGUAUGGGAGGCCACCUACACUCUUGCAGUAGCAGUCUUCUUAAACUACUCACAGCCAGGCAGGGGUGGGUUCUGUAGGAUUUAGUGCCUGAACAUGUCUUUUGGGAAGGGGCUGGAGUGAAUGCACUGCGUAUGGGAGGGAAGCAGGAGACAGGACUGUGAGUGAGUGCAUGUGUGGAAAUUCAUCAUAACCCUCGAAGCUAGCAAGCAAGCGCUGUUGGCCGUGCUUCAUUCAUGGCUGCAGCGUGCAUGCAUCUCUUCGCCGUGUUUGCUAACCCUCACUAAGGACUCAUCAGCUCACCGUGCGCAGACGGCUCAGGAUGGAAUUCCUUUGGCUUACCCCGUGCUCCUGGUUCUAUGGUGUUUCUAUAAUUAUGAAUAGUGUUGCACUGUAAUCUAUCAUAUAGAGCUAUAUGUAUGGAAAUUUUUGAUCAGUUUUUUAAGAGAUGUAUCCUGUUUGCAAAGGCACAAUAAAAUUGCAUCUUCUAGAUUAUAGGCAAUAAAGAUAACAAUAAACCUUAUUUAACAAAUCAGA